UAUGUCAAAACAAUGUCAGAAUUUGCAUGGGAGACCAAUGUGUGUUUUCAAAUGACACCUCACAGUAGUAGUAGACGUGCAGUUGGCCGCUGAAACUGAAACAGAGGACUUGAACAGGAAGCUUAACUUCAUGUGGUUAGCCAAGCAUUGCAAUGCAUACAGGAAGCCAUAAUCACUCAUUGGUCUUCAGUCUGAAAACGGUUGCUUUGCCAGUGAGCCUUUUCUCUCACGCAUCAAGAAAUUAUUCUGAAAAUGGCCCAGGGAAAGGAUCAUUCCUUUGUGAGCCGUAUUUUCAAACAUCGUAAGAGUACCCAAGACCAAAGAGGACAGGAGAGUGAGGUGCCUCGUAUCUCUGAGUUCACCAUCAUGUGGGAUAAGUUGAAGACUUUUGUGAAAGAGUUCUUAGCUAAAGCCAAAGAAGAUUUUUUAAGAAAAUGGGAGUGUCCACCACACAGCACAACGGGCCUGGAUGACUUUGAUAGGUUCAAGACUCUGGGCACUGGCUCAUUCGGACGAGUUAUGCUUGUGAAACAUAAAGAAACAAACCAGUUCUACGCAAUGAAAAUCUUGGACAAACAAAAAGUGGUGAAGUUGAAGCAGAUAGAACACACACUAAACGAAAAGAGAAUACUACAAGCUGUCUCCUUCCCUUUCCUCGUCAGAUUGGAGUACUCUUUCAAGGACAACUCAAACCUCUACAUGGUGAUGGAGUAUGUGCCCGGUGGAGAGAUGUUCUCCCACCUCAGACGUAUUGGAAGGUUCAGUGAAAACCAUGCAAAAUUUUAUGCAGCUCAGAUAAUACUCACCUUUGAGUACCUACACUCCUUGGACCUCAUCUACAGAGACCUGAAGCCUGAAAACCUGCUCAUAGAUCAACAUGGGUAUAUCCAGGUCACAGACUUCGGCUUUGCCAAAAGAGUAAAAGGCAGGACCUGGACAUUGUGUGGAACUCCUGAGUACCUGGCUCCAGAGAUCAUCCUCAGCAAGGGCUACAACAAAGCUGUGGACUGGUGGGCACUUGGAGUCCUCAUCUAUGAAAUGGCUGCUGGUUACCCUCCUUUUUUUGCUGAUCAGCCUAUCCAGAUCUACGAAAAGAUUGUGUCUGGCAAGGUACGAUUCCCCUCUCACUUCAGCUCCGAUCUGAAGGAUCUGCUGAGAAACCUGCUCCAGGUGGACCUGACAAAGAGAUUUGGCAACCUGAAGAAUGGUGUAAAUGACAUAAAAAAUCACAAGUGGUUCUCUACAACAGACUGGAUUGCCAUAUACGAGAGAAAGGUUGAAGCCCCCUUCUUGCCAAAGUGCAGAGGACCAGGAGACACAAGCAACUUCGACGACUAUGAAGAGGAAGACAUCCGUGUCUCACAAACAGAAAAGUGUGCAAAAGAGUUUGCUGAGUUCUAGUGAGCGGGCAAGAGUCCCAUCAGGGCUCACGAGUUUUGGGAUAUUUGCACUCACCUGAAGGUUAAGGUGGAACUGAGGCCGUCACGUGUUCUAAACAAAAUGCCUCGUUCCUUCAUUCCACACAGCUGAAUGAGGUCUUUCUUGCCAUGAUCCUGCGUGCAGGUAGCACUAACCUAUACACAGGCACAUUAUGCAGACACAUCCCUCGUGCUGCAACACAAAAAUACUAGAUCACGAUUUCAUCUUUUGUCUUUUUUCUUUUGGUGUUUAUGUUUUGCCAUGUUUGAAUAACCUCCCUCCUCCUUAUUUUAAUUCAAAUAAUGAUUUGAAAAGGAACAUGAAAACUAAUAUUAUGCCAAUUUUCAAGUGGCACAAAGAGUGGUUGAUUGUAUUAGCUGGUAUUGCACAUAUUGUGAUUUAAGCUUUGGGAAAAUAGUAGGGAUUUUUUCAUUUUGGUUUGAAUUUCUAAAAAUGUUUGUCAGUUAUCUGUCAUCUGUUACAUGCCUGAGUGUGUUUUAGGGUUCAGUUUGUUAUUCAUUAAUCACAAACACUUUUAACAUUAACCAUUAUUCAUCAUUCUGGUGUCCUUAAGACCUAGAACCGUGUAUUUGUGCAUACAGAAAUAUACAUAGAUGAGACAUAUGAUUUUUCAAAUACAUUUUGUUGUUAAAGCAUGACCAAAAUUCAAGUGAAGAAACCAGGGUUUAGUGAGGGAAAAGCAACAACGAUGACUUGUUGAAGGUUCUGAGUUUCAGCACUCUGGCAUUCAGUUCUUGAAGAGAUGGGUUAGCAGUGUUGUGAUGGAGCAGAGUCGUGUCAGAGCUGUAGUAACUGAUCAAUUGUAGCAUUGUUUUAACCAUAUCUGGUCACAUGCCAUUUUCUGUUACCUCAGACUAGUUGUGGUAUUAAAUUAAUGAAAUGAGAUGAUAUAUUUUUCAGGUACAACUCUGUUUCGCAAGGUAAACUGAAGGGGUUUGAGCAUGUCACUCCACAUAGCAGGUCAUCUGUCUCUGGUACGACCAGAAAUCUAUGAAUUGCAUUGAUGAUGGCAUUUUUUUAAACAGUUGAAAGGUCAGUUUGUUAGAUUUUCUUGAGUGUGUAGUCAUGGAUGAGAAGCAGUGGUCACAUGGACAUAUUUUGUCUGUUGGGGGGUUGCUUAUCGAUUUUGUUUUUAAAGGUUAACUGUGCUUUAGCAGAGCACUCGGAAGUCAUUGUUUAACUGCCAUAUUUGUUUUAUUUUAAUUUUCACUUUUUGCAUGUUCGUUACAUUUGUACAGCAAUGUCACAACAAGCUAAUAGUUUCCUGAAAGUGUUCCCAUCUUUUUCUCUUUUUGGGGGGGGGGGGUAUUGUAUUGUUUUGUUACCUUUUUUUAAAUUAAUGCAUUAAAUAAGCAAUUUUAUGUGAGUGACAUAUUCCUCUUCAUAAUCCCCUGAAAGCAAAACUACAUCAUUAACCAUGAAAUAAUAACAAAAAACGGAAAUAUCAACACCUUAAAAGUAUUCAUGCAUCUUGGUCACUACUUGGUCGAAACAUAUAUGUAGCUCAGCUAUUAGCUUGUAGUCUCUUUGCAUCAUUUUAAAAAAACAAAUUUGUACACUGUGAUGGAGCAAUAUUUGCUCGUUCUUCCUCGCAGAAUUGCUCAGGAUGAGCCAGGUCGGUUAGAGAACGUUAACAGGCACAAAUGUUGUGGUCUGGUUUCAGAUUAUCAAAGGAAAUAAGACUUUUUUUCCCUUGUAAAUCACUCCUGUUAAGUUACUGUAUACAUAUGUCAUACACAUUUUCUCCCCUCAAGAGAAAUCUAGGUUUUAUGAGGGAUUUUUUUUAUACCAGGCACCAUUUUUUUCCCAUGAAUUCUGACACAUUGCCGUCCUUGCUGCUGAAAUGUAGUCCCUGCCUCCGCAAACUCCUCACAGGUGGACUUUUGUAUUGGAACAGGUGAUCAUAGAAUCUGUAUAUCACAGGUUCAAUACCUACAAGGCCAAGGUGUCCACUUGUUGAACUUCCAGAUGUCAGAAAAGUGCUCCUGCCUCUGUGAUCCUUUGAUUCCCUAGAGGGAACUUUGUCUCUGCCGUCCACACAGAGGUCAGAGUUUGAGCUCAUUUCUGCAGGUCGGACACUCAGGGUUGUGGGGAAAUCAGAGUUUUGCAUUUCACAUCUUGUUGGAAACAAUAAUCCAUUGUCUGUCAAUUUAACAUCUCUUAAGUCUUCUGAAGUUUUGAUCAUUAUUUGACUUGGUGCUCAAGUGUUUGUAGAUGAGGAAAAAUGCAAUUUAAUCAAGUUCAACAAUCUUACACAACCAAAUGUGAAAAGCCUUUUGGGACUGAAUGCUUUUUCAAAGGUACUGAUGUGCUGUAUAUGAAUAUUGGCUAUGCCUGAAUUUAAACUUUUUUCCCCCAUAUAUUGUGCACAUGAUGUGAAAUUUUUUUUAGCCCUCAUUUAAUUUCCAAAGGCACAACUGUUUCUUAUGCUAUUAUUUAUAUGAUAGAUCUCUAAUGAAAUUACAUUUUAAAUGUUUAAACAUGCAUAGUUGUCAGUAUAUAAAAGGAGACUCCAAAUGUUUUAUUCACAAAAGUGUUAUAAAUAGUGAAUAUAUUGGGUUAUUUAUUUGUAUAACAUUUUUUUUUUAUUUGCCCUUAUUAAAAAUAAAACAUUUUAUAGGAAUAAACAUAUUUAGCACAGUUAAUACACAUUGAUGCGUCUCAUGCCUAUUUAAAAUGAGCGUUUUUAAUUUAAGUUAUUUUUUGUUAUUUUUCUUAACCUUUUUUUGUUUUAGUUCUUUAUUUAGUAAGUUAACUUUUUUUAAAGGGGAUCCAACAUUAUUUUCCCAGUUUGGAGAGGUGAACGGAAUGUAAUGGCAGAAUCAAUGACAUUUUUUAUUUGGACUAAUUUUGAAAGCUACAUCUGGGAAUUCAGCAUGUUUCCAUCCAAACUGUCUGUGUGUGUAAAUCUUCCCAGAAAGUAUGUAGGAACUCUACAGCUCUUCUUAUGUGUCAUUUAUUUCCCAUGUGUGUAAUAAUGUUCGUCAUAUUUGAUGUAAAUGGUGGCACUUUUCCCUGAGCCACCUUACACUCCUGAAUGAAAUCAGUUCACGAGUUCUUCGUAGCUAGUCACACAUGCCAGUAUGGGAUCAAUAAUCUGAAAUGUGUCUGUAUUUAGUUUGUGGGAUAUUUUGCACAUCAUUUAGAAGGCUGACACGUUUUUUCCCACCCAUAUUUACUUGUGUUUGCAAGGGGAAUAUACUUUGCUGUAGCAGAUUUUAUGUAACAAAGGAUACGUCACUAUAAUAAAUUCUUUUUAUUAAAAACUA